GCAGGAGCCGCAUAUAAAAAAAAUGUUUGCAGGCGAAAAUUUUCCAACCUCCCCCUUAAAAAAAUAAUGUUCCGUCCGUUACAGAAAUCUCGCCUAAAUCACCGUUAUUAUGUGUGAACAGAUGCCCUAUUCGGUAUGGUUUUCGUGCAUGCGCAUAAGCUAUCCUGUAUAGUGUAAGCAUAGCAUUAAUUUGAUCAUUAUAUCGUAAACCCAGCCAAUAAGUAGGGGCAGCAAACGACUGUUCGCUGUAAAAUAUCUAUUCGGAGAAGUAAAAAUUCCCUGGACUUUUCUAUAGCUUGAGGAUGACCCUAGGUGACGGCCCUUUCAUCUACAAUUUUCGAAGCUUAUCCAAUAAAUUACCUACAAUUUUCCUUAGUUUAAUUGUUUUACAUUUCCCUCCCCAGGUUAUGCUAUUUUUCGUAGAAAAAGAAAACCCAAAACGUUUUAGUAUUCAAAAUUGUGAUGGACAAAGGAAUCAGAAAAUUCUCACUUUCUAAAACUUUAUAUUGAUCUAAAAUUUUCCCUUAUCCAUCAAUCUCUAACAAAGUUGAAACUUUUUAUUUUUACACUGCAAACGUGACUUCCCUUUCAGCUUAGAAGAAGACCAACUUGUCAUCCAAUGAAAAAAAAUCUAUAUAACUAUACAUUGAAUGUGAUGAAUAAAACUGCAGCCAGAUACCCGCGUUGAAGACGCUAAAUAGUGAAUCUGUAAACGUUUUCUAAAACAAAAGACACUGGGGCCGAUACGGCCCUGUUCAGUGGCGUGUUUCCGCUUAGGCCAAAUAAAGAAGAACCACCACUCCUGAAAACGUUGUAAGAGAGUUGUAAGAGAACGUAUAGCUUCGUUAAAAUGAACAACUAAUAAGUAUAUGACAAACGACAGAAUUGGUCACUAUGAACCGCUAAUUAAGAAUAAAUGUUUUCAAUGAAUCCAUUUGAAAAUGUCCAGAAAUAAGAAAAACAAAAACGCAGUCUUGGAAGCAAAUUACAAACCAAGUUAUUAAAGAAACAAUAACUGCAAUGACUACAAGCUUAAUUAAGAAAGAAAAUAGGCUUCCCGCCUUGCGGCUUCCUUGCAGACAGAGACUGACAGUUAUUGGUAAUUCAGUCAAUAGAUGAGAAACACUUGCAAAGGAAAAACCACGACGACGAACCAGUAAGGAUCAGCCGGAUCUUAAGUCAUGUUUAGUAGACCUGGAUCAGUAAAAUUUGGAUCGCCAAAUUUUAAAGUAAAAACACUAAACUGAUCCUCAAGAGUGAUAGAAAAGAUAAAGAAAGAAAACAACCUUCCUGCCGUAAGGAUCGGUUUAUUGUUUUAAUUAUAAAAUUUAGGCAAUAGAUCAGCUGCCCAAGUCUGCCCAUAUCGUCUAUAAGCGAACCAAUAAGGUGGUUGUCAGUUCGUUGUUUUAUAUUCAGACUAAGGGUGGGUGCAUUGAACGGCUAACUUAAGACACUUAAUCGAACAAAGAAAUUUUGUCCUAAAUUCAACAAUCGGCAUACUCAGCUUCUUAGGUUAGGUUUAGCUCCUAGAAAGAACAGAAAAAUAAACAGGAUACGAUAGUAGUUCAAAGACCACUGACCGGUAUCUCGUAAAACAAUGCACUAGUUCUAAAUGUGGCAGUCAUCCUGUUUAGCUAAGAACCAAUUAAAAACAACCUUUUUUUAAAAUCUCUUUACUUGUAGAAACUAUUUAUAUAGGCCUGCGUUGUUUCCAAAAGCAAUUACUAAACUUAGAAGGAAUUCUUUGCAUACAUAUUAAGCCGAGUGUAGUUCCUUUGCAACAAAUGUAAAGACAUGGCAAACUCAACUGAAUAUGAAAACAGCACAAGUGCGACUGAAGUAACCUCAUGGAAUGCUUAUUCAACGAGCAUGGCAAUUCUUGCAGGCAUCAAUAUUUUUCUCGCCAUCACCGCAUCUCUUGGCAACACUCUGAUCCUGAUUGCUCUUCAUAAAGUGACGUCCAUUUAUCCACCAACAAAACUGUUAUUUCGAUGCCUGGCAGUCACCGAUCUUUUAGUUGGACUUAUCUCUCAACCACUGUAUAUUACUAUUUUCUUUCCCCGGUUCACAACUUGGAAUGAGAAUGUCGCAAUUGUUUUGGCAGACUGGUUUUUCUUUUUUCUGCUUCCUGCGGUAUCACUCCUUACAUCAGCCGCCAUCAGUGUGGACAGACUCCUUGCCCUGUUAUUAGGCCUGAGAUAUAGACACACUGUAACAUUAAGACGAGUUUGGGUGGUUAUAGUUUGUAUUUGGUUGAUUAGUGCCCUUCCAGCAACAGGUGAUACAUUCUUUGAGUAUCCAAAAUUAUAUGACAUAGCCUUUUGGUUAUUCUCUGCUUUAAUAACAUUUUCCUUGCUAGUUUCAGUAUUCUCUUACGUGAAGAUAUUUAAAACCCUUCGUUAUCGACAAGUUCAGGUUCAUGGCAAUACUCAGCAAGGACAGUGGCCACAUGGAGGAGGGAAUCAACUGAACAUAGCUCGAUACAAGUAGACAGUGUACAGCAUAGCAUGGGUGCAGUUAGCUUUACUUAUUUGCUAUUUUCCAUAUAACUUAAUAGGAUUUUUAAAGUUAUUUCGUAAACUACCCUUUUCGAACGAAAUAUAUAUAGAACUUCCUUGGGAAUCAUUCGUGACUGUCAUUUACUUAAAUUCUUCUUUAAACCCAGCUCUUUAUUGCUGGAGGAUCAGAGAUGUGAGACAAGAAGUGAAGAACAUCAUCCGCAAGAUUUUGCGCUGCUUUUAAAAUCAAUAACUAUAAAAAAAGGAACUGUUAAAGUAAGCUUAUUUUUCUGCAGAUAUCAGAGCCUGUAUAUCUUAUGAGAUCCAUGCUUAGUUAGAAAAUAUCUCAAGUAAUUAAAACAGAAAUUAAAGGGGAUGAUUUGUUAAUUCAUGUGUCUGGAAAUUGAUGAUUUUCACCUGUUAAAAAUUGACAACAAAUAAAAAUGCUUAAUGUUGGUCACUUUUAUACCAUAUUUCACUCGUUUUUCUGUAGACCUUUACUUAAAAAAAUCACCUUUUUUAUGGUUUACGAUGAAAAAAAUUGUUGUUUUUCAACUUUCGCACAAUACAUCCCCCAAUCAGGACAAAUUAAGAAGGUUUAGCUCAUCAGUGAGAGGGCCGAAAAAACAUGGGGAGGUGAGGGAUGAUAUGUCAACAAGCCUAAUCUUACGCAGUUCAAACUUAUAUACAGAUCUAGGGACGAGAUUUAUGGCAUCCAUCUGGCGAGGGUGAUGGAUAAGAAUUUUUAGUCUGACAAUUUGAUACAAUAGAGUUUUGGGUGCAGUGACCAUAGCGCGAUACUGAAAGACUGAACUGAAAAGUCAGUAUAUAGCUGAGUAUAUAAUAGGUGUAAUUGGCUUUAUUUGUUUGCUAUGCUCCUUUAGUUGCAGCAUAGCAUGCGCAUUGUUUAUAGGUCUGGCAAUUAAACUACCCGAAAUAGAGCGGUCGAUGUGGGGCAGAAUAAAGAUGUGCAAAAAUACAAGAAGUGAAGAACAUUAUUCGCAAAUAUUGCAAUCGCUCUCAAAAGUCAGGAUGACAAACUAACCAAUGUUUAAGUCAGCUAGUUAGAAUAAACAACAAGUCGAUUGUGCAUUAUCAAGACGACAGAUCUCGAUUACGAAUUUAUUUUUAAAUAAAGGGCUUUCCACGGGGAAAGAGAGCUUGCAGUGCCACUCCACCUAUUUCCAAACAGCACCACCCGAGACCAAGAAAAAAGCCUGGUCUCAGAGUGUUAAAACAUCAAACAUUAAGACAAAUCGAAUUGCAAGCGUAGUAGUGUUUGUUAUAGUUAUCUUUUACCCAGCUAUUUGAACUUGUUAUAAGUUCUCCUAUGGUGUUCCACAAUUUGAUUAUGUAGGGAGUCGAGAGCAGAAAAAACGUUCACAAAACUGUCGGACAAAGUAUGUGAAAAUUAGCAAAUAUAGAAGCUUUGACUGUGCUCUGUUCUGUUGUAAACACGCAGGAGGCGGGCUAGAGCAUGAAAGAAGUGUAAGGGGAAACACGACAGGUAGUCGAGUGUUUCAGUCUACUUCUUGAGUGUUAACCCUAACCCUAACUUCUCUAAUUUUUUCUUCCCCGGCUUCACUCCCUGCUCGCGCUCUGCGUUCGUUCCCAUCAUUCCAAUCUCGUGCUUCUCGCUUGUUGUUUCUUCCUUUCUUCUUUUUACACGCUAAGUGCUCCCCACAGCGCCUUGGAAAAGCCUGUGUGGAGGAGGCAGAUUUAUUCAUACAUGUAUCUUGGGAUGCAAAUUUCUAAGCAAGGGAUGUGAAACGGGUGCCAUUUGUGGAUAUACGGAAGGAGUACCUUUUCUGGCAAAAAUAAAACGGUAAGGGGUUGGACCUCGGGGCGGAGCCUCCCUGUAUGAAAGUUUGUUAAGUACCCCCCCGAGGUAACAACUAUUUGACUGAAUCCUUCAAUCAAUUCAAAUUUUUUCUAUACAGUAUAAGAAAAUUAACCAAUUCUCGGCUUGCACUGUCACGCAAUGAAAAAUAAAAAUGCAAACCAUUCAAUACAGAAGGACUAGAAUCUGGGAAAUGAAAAAAGAUAAAUAUACAAAAACCCUUGCCAAGAAUCAGGUCUGUGAAAUAUUUCAAAUGCGAGAUAUUGGGAAAAACGGUUUACCUAGAUUAUAAGGCUUUGUAUGGAAACGCCAUGUUGGUGUCCCUUUCAGGAACACCAAUAUGGCCGCCGGAUACUAACAGAAACAUCUGUUUUCGAGUUUUCCUACUAAUGCGUGAAUUCUUCGCUUGAGGAACUCAUAAAGAUUACAGUAAUAUUUCUUCUUAGACAAGGAAUGUUUAGAUUGCAAUAUCUCCCAAAAUCGGUAAUGUUUUUAACCCACAUAAGAGCUUUCCCGGCCGCCAGCUAAAUGCCGCGUCACGCAAAAGCCUGGAAAUUCAAGCGUCCUCUCUCGCAAAACGAAGAACCCUUUCGAACCAAAAAUUUGUUUAUGUACAGGUGUUUAGAUACUGUAAUACCUCGUGAAAGUAGAAACUCAGAAGAAUCGAUAGUUUCCUAGUUUGAUUUUUGGUGACGUCACGUGCAACCCAAGAAUACUCUAGAAAGCAUUCGAAGGUAUUUAAAAAUAUGACUGCAGUGGCUAUGGACGAAAGACAGAAACUGUAAUACUAAAAUUGUGAGAAUGAAAAUAGGUUCCCCUAGAGCUAUGUAAAAAAGAAAAAAACAACAUGCUCAUUAAAAAAUUCAAGCCCCUUAUCAAUUAAUAUCUCCUGCCCACCUCCGCCUUUGAUAUCAACCGCAGUGUCUACCAUGCCAUCUUUAAGGCAAUAAGGUAAUAAUCACUAAGUUGUUGUCUAAUACAGUCUCUGAACUACUGCAUGUAAUUACUAAGAUACUUAUUCAAACGAUAAAAAGGAAGUAUUAACAUACCAAUAACUAGUUCAACAGAGUAUAAAAACAAAAACAAAAAAAUCCAUGCAGUCCUUUAAAUUUAUGAAAAAGCAUAGAAUUUCUUUUAAGUUUUAAACCUCUAAAGCAAAAAGUGACUUAUCUUAGAACUGAGAAGAGAAAUUUUCCAUCUGUUUCCUUAAUGAAAACAAUAAUUGUUGAGACAAUCAUUACUGACUCUAAUGGAAAGCACGCUUUUCACGACGCUAAGUGGAAGAAAUAUGUUUAAAAUAAUAAGCCUGCCAGUCGGAUUACAUAAAUGUGAACUAAAACUUUGUCGUUUGAACACCAAACAACUGCCGAGAAGUAGAUCUGAAGAAACUACUCCAAAUCUGCUGGAUAAAGAAAUUAGUUUUAAAAGCUAAGCCAGUUUCCCAAUAACAUAUGAUUCCGACAUUUUUGUGAAUCAUUUAAAAACUGACUCUUAUGAGGCUAAAUUAACAAUAAAACAACUCUUUUGUUUAAAUGAUGAUAAAUGAUAAAAAUAUACAUAUGGCACCUGUUAACUACUACGCUCUUUAUUUUAUCAAUAUUUUCAAUUUCCUCUAGUCAUGUUCAUGAUCUAUUGGUUUUUACUCUCAAUUUUGCUAUAAAUUGGUUGAUCCGACUUUCUGGUUUCAUUAAGUCAAACCCACCGCCCUCAUAUGAAUAAACAAAAAAUAACUAUAAAAUACCUAUUACGAUCAAGAUCAAAAAAAGAAACGUUAAGAAAGAAAAUAAAAUAACACUAAAUAUGUAUCCUAUAGAUGUUUUUCAACCCGUCAGGUUUCAAAUUUACAUGCAGGUGUUAAGUGAUGAGACUAUUGAACAUCAAAAGCAGUUUAUUCAGUGGACAACUAGGCUCCCAGAACAAAUUAAAAUGCAAUAUGCCGCAGAUCUUUAAUUGGCGACAGAAAUAGGCUAUGCUUAUGCACACCAUACCGGAUGGCUUUUUGUGCCGAAACCAUAAGCAACUCCGACUGAACACCUAGUAUCCAAUAUGUGACUCAGGAGAUGUGACUCUUCGAGGAAAUUUUGCGAUAAAUUGUUUGCAGAGAGUGUAAACACAGAAAUACAUUGUAUGGAAAUAAAAAAUAAAGUGUUUACAGGAGGACGGAGACACAAUAUAAAUUGUUUGUAGCAGGAGUCGCAUAUAAAAAAGAUGUUUGCAUGUGAAAAUUUUCCAACCUCCCCCUUAAAAAAAUAAUGAUCCGUCCGUUACAGAAAUCUCGCCUAAAUCACCGUUAUUAUGUGUGAACAGAAGCCCUAUUCGGUAUGGUUUUGGUGCCGGCGCUAAAGUUAUCCUGUAUAGUGUUAGCAUAGCAUUAAUUUGAUCAUUAUAUCGUAAACCCAGCCAAUAAGUAGGGGCAGCAAACGACUGAUUGCUGUAAAAUAUCUGUUGGGAGAAGUAAAAACUCCCUGGACUUUUCUGUAGCUUGAGGAUGACCAAAACUUUCUAAGUGACGGGCCCUUUCAUGUACAAUUUUCGAAGCUUAUCUAAUAAAUUCCCCGCGAACUUUUUAUUUUUACACUGCAAACGUGACUUCCUUUUCAGCUUAGAAGAAGACCAACUUGUCAUCCAAUGAAAAAAAAUCUAUAUAACUAUACAUUGAAUGUGAUGAAUAAAACUGCAGCCAGAUACCCGCAUUUAAGACGCUAAAUAGUGAAUCUGUAAACCUUUUCUAAAACAAAAGACACUGGGGCCGAUACGGCCCUGUUCAGUGGCGUGUUUCCGCUUAGGCCAAAUAAAGAAGAACCACCACUCCUGAAAACAGAGUUGUAAGAGAACGUAUAGCUUCGUUAAAAUGAACAACUAAGUAUAUGACAAACGACAGAAUUGGUCACUAUGAACCGCUAAUUAAGAAUAAAUGUUUUCAAUGAAUCCAUUUGAAAAUGUCCAAAUAUAAGAAAAACGAUAACGCAGUCUUGGAAGCAAAUUACAAACCAAGUUAUUAAAGAAACAAUAACUGCAAUGACUACAAGCUUAAUUAAGAAAGAAAAUAGGCUUCCCGCCUUGCGGCUUCCUUGCAGACAGAGACUGACAGUUAUUGGUAAUUCAGUCAAUAGAUGAGAAACACUUGCGAAGGAAAAACCACGACGACAAACCACUGAGGAACAGCCGGAUCUUUAGUCGCGUUUAGUAGACCUGGAUCAGUAUAAUCUGGAUCGCCAAAUUUUAAAGUAAAAACACUAAACUUAUCCUUAAGAGUGAUAGAAAAGAUAAAGAAAGAAAACAAUCUUCCUGCCGCAAGAAUCGGUUUAUUGUUUUCAUUAUAAAAUUUAGGCAAUAGAUCAGCUGCCCAAGUCUGCCCAUAUCGUCUAUAAGCGAACCAAUAAGGUGGUUGUCAGUUCGUUGUUUUAUAUUCAGACUAAGGGUGGGUGCAUUGAACGGCUAACUUAAGACACUUAAUCGAACAAAGAAAUUUUGUCCUAAAUUCAACAAUCGGCAUACUCAGCUUCUUAGGUUAGGUGUAGCUCCUAGAAAGAACAGAAAAAUAAACAGGAUACGAUAGUAGUUCAAAUACCACUGACCGGUAUGUCGUAAAACAAUGCACUAGUUCUAAAUGUGGCAGUCAUCCGGUUUAGCUCAGAACCAAUUAAAAACAACCUUUUAUUAAAAUCUCUUUACUUGUAGAAACUGUUUAUAAAGGCCUGCGUUCUUUCCAAAAGCAAUUACUAAACUUAGAAGGAAUUCUUUGCAUAUAUAUUAAGCCGAGUGUAGUUCCUUUGCAACAAAUGUAAAGACAUGGCAAACUCAACUGAAUAUGUAAACAGCACAAGUGCGACUAAAGUAACCUCAUGGAAUGCUUAUUCAACGAGCAUAGCAAUUCUUGCAGGCAUCAAUAUUUUUCUCGCCAUCACCGCAUCUCUUGGCAACACUCUGAUCCUGAUUGCUCUUCAUAAAGUGACGUCCAUUUAUCCACCAACAAAACUGUUAUUUCGAUGCCUGGCAGUCACCGAUCUUUUAGUUGGACUUAUUUCUCAACCACUACAUUUAACUUUUCUCUUUUGCUUUCUUACAGCAUGGAAUGUGAAUCCCACUGCAAUUAUGCGUGCAGAAAAUUUUUUCUUUCCUCUGCUCUUUGCUGUAUCACUCCUUACAUCAGCAGCCAUCAGUGUGGACAGACUUCUUGCUCUGUUGUUAGGGCUGAGAUAUAGACACACAGUUACAUUAAGACGAGUUUGGCUGGUCAUAGUUUGUUUUUGGUUGAUUAGUGCCCUUGAAGCCACAGUUGGUAUAAUCUAUGAACAUCCAAUACUACCCGAAAUAUCCUUGUGGUUAUUCCCUUCCUUGUUAACAUUUUCCUUGCUAGUUUCAGUAUUAUCUUACGUGAAAAUAUUUAAAACCCUUCGUUAUCGACAAGUUCAGGUUCAUCGCAAUACUCAACAAGGACAGCGGCCAAAUGGAGGAGGGAAUCAACUGAGCACAGCUCGAUACAAGAAGACAGUGUACAGCAUAGCAUGGGUGCAGUUAGCUUUACUUAUUUGUUAUUUUCCAUGUAACUUAUUAGGGUUUUUAAGGUUGUUCGAUAAAGUAUCAUAUUCGACCGAAACAUCUAUUCUUUGGGAAUUGUUCGUGACUCUCCUUUAUUUAAAUUCUUCUUUAAACCCAGUACUUUAUUGUUGGAGGAUCAGAGAU